CGUGGUUCGUGACUAGUAGAACAAAGUGGACUAGGAAUAGAAGGAAAAUUCAGCAAAGAUGGUGAGAAACGUGACCGUACGUUUCUAACGAUUAAGCGUCUAAAUUAGCAGUGAAUAAUUGUUCGCGUCGCGGUCAUUAUGUGAGUGACGAUUCAUGAGUUUGCAGUCGAUAUUAAUAAACACGGGUCAAUUUGGAAAGCAGUACAAAAGUCUGCAGAAACGAAGGUACGGCAGGAUGCUUUGUUUAUGGAGAUCAGCUGUGUUACCAAACAUUCCUAUCGCUUUCGCUGCAGCGUCUACGACGCUUCUAUUUUCGUCGAAUAAAGAUGCUUGUGGAGCAACCGUUGACCGGUAGUUAAUUAUUCUUAAUGACAUGUGAGAAUGAAACGAGAAACUGUCAUUACCUGUGUAGAGCCAAACCGACGAGCAAAAACGAUGACGACGGUCUUGGAUGGCAGCUACCAACGUAUGGAGCCAUACAACGGAGAAGAAGAGGACGAAGAGGAUGAUGACAGGGAAAUACCUCAGGAAUCUGGUUUUAUAAUACACGUGGUACCAGAAGGAAAUAAGGCUAGAUGGAAUCACAUUGAGGAUCUAGAUUCAUUUUUUACAAGAAUGUAUCACUACCACCAGAAUCAUGGUUUUGUUUGCAUGAUACUUCAAGAAGUGCUUGAAUUAGUACAACUCAUUUUUGUAAUUGCUUUCUCGACCUUUCUCCUUCAUUGCGUCGAUUACUCCGUAUUAUUUAAGAACAAGCCUCAAACGUCGCACAAAACGUCGAUAAGCGACGUGAUUCUCCCAUCGAGCGAAUGCUUGGCAUCUAUGGGUCUGGUUACUUGGAUUUGUCUUCUAGUGGCAGCAAUUUUUUGGAUUUUGCGAUUACUAAAAGUUGUAUAUCAUUGUAUGCAGUAUUGGGACAUAAAGCUGUUCUUUAAUAUCGCGUUGAAAAUCGCAGACUGCGAUUUGGACAAUCUCACCUGGCACGAGGUACAAAAGCGAGUCAUAGAAGUUCAAAAAGAACAGGAGAUGUGCAUUCACAAAAGAGAGCUUACGGAAUUAGAUAUAUACCAUAGAAUAUUAAGAUUUAAAAAUUAUAUGGUGGCUAUGAUCAACAAAUCUCUGUUACCUGUUCGAUUAAAAAUCCCUGUUGUAGGAGAGAUCAUUUUCAUGACAACAGGAUUGAAAUACAACAUGGAGCUACUUCUGUUUUGGGGGCCGUGGUCUCCGUUUGAAAAUAAUUGGCAUCUCAAAGAGGAUUACAAAAAGUUAAACAAAAGACAAGAGCUUGCAAGAUCCUUGUCCAAGCAUAUUUUAUGGGUUGGAAUAGUGAAUUUUCUACUUUGCCCGUUGAUUUUUUUCUGGCAGAUACUCUAUUUGUUUUUUAACUACGGUGAGAUCAUCAAGCGGGAACCAGGAACCUUAGGUACGAGAAUGUGGUCUCUAUACGGUCGAUUAUACCUUCGUCAUUUCAACGAACUAGAUCACGAAUUGAAUGCCCGUUUAAGUCGCGCGUACCGUCCAGCGUCGAAAUACAUGAGCAUAUUUACGUCCCCCACUAUGACUGUUAUCGCGAGGAACGUUACUUUCGUGGCUGGAAGUAUAUUGAUAGUUUUAUUAAUAUUAACCGUAUACGACGAAGAUGUGCUCACGGUGGAGCACGUGUUGACUACCAUGACUAUAUUAGGUGCAAUAAUAGCAGGAGUCCGGAAUUUUAUCCCCGAUGAAAAUUUAGUUUGGUGUCCAGAGACCCUAUUGACCGCUGUCUUAGCGCAUACACAUUACAGACCGGACAGUUGGCGAGGUCACGCUCAUACUCAAGCCACAAGAGCAGAAGUGGCACAACUGUUUCAGUAUCGUGCAGUCUACCUUUUAGAAGAAUUAAUCUCCCCCUUGAUUACACCGUAUAUUCUAUGCUUUCGCAUGAGACAACGAGCUUUAGAUAUCGUAGACUUUUUUCGCAAUUUCACAAUCGAAGUGACAGGCGUCGGCGAUGUUUGCAGUUUCGCACAAAUGGACGUGCGAAAACAUGGAAAUCCAACGUGGCAAACGGACCGAGCUGCCAAAUACGAUCCAAACCAGUACGUCGCGGAUCCGGAGAAGGCUCAGAUGCCUAUGUCAGAUCAAUAUACGCAGGCGGAAGACGGGAAAACCGAAUUAUCCCUUAUUCAUUUCACCUUAACGAACCCCGAAUGGAAACCGCCGAGCCACGCUGAGAAUUUUGUCGCAGCUUUGAGAGAAAGGGUGAGAAAGGAAGUGCAAAGUGGCAUACACGGUGAAAUUAAUCCCCUUUUGGCAAGCCUGAGCAGUCUGUCUAGCCUAGGACCUGGCUACAACGACAUAGUGUCGAAUAUAAUUCGAAGCACAAUGGUGAAUCAACCAGGUGGACCAACCACGAGUAACUUCAUAAACCAGCAGCCUUGUACUUCGCACGUUUCAGCCGCUGGAGAUGAACUGUUGAAUGUAAAGUCGGAUAUUUUGCCUCAUGCCGUUCAACGUGGUUUGAACAAAGCCGAAGGACCUGUACAUAAUGAAAAAGGAUUCCUAUAUGGUUUGCAACAAGGAAUAUCGAAUCAAUCUCUAGGCGCUUCUGUGUUUGUAUCCAGUCACGAAUUUUCUACCGAUCUGUCUGUACCGGUGGAAUUAAUCGCUGCCGACAUGUCUCUGUCUACAUUGUACCUGCAUGAACUUCAUCACAGACAAGUUCGAAGAAGGGGCUAUCAAGAAUUGCUUAAAAGCAUAUGGCAACGAAGUCCUGUUCAAGAACUUGCUACGCUUCCUGAAAUUAGACAAGAAAGAGCGCCGUUGCUCUUACAUCAGGAUUCUUCUAGAAGAAAUAAUAGGGAAUUUAAAUACGAGAUGAACACUCAUUUAGAUAGCAUCUAAACCAUUCGUGCAGUGAUAUCGCCACCAUCAACAAUGUUGAAUAAAAUAUUUUCAUUCGCUUCGCGAUGCGACGCCCUCGUGAUUUAUUUUAUAGCAAGAGAAUAGAACGUUUAAGAAUCUGUGUUAUCGAUGUAAAUACAGUAUCGAAAUAUUCCUUGACUAGA